UAAUGUUUGCGUGCUUGUGGGGGUGGGGGACAGGCGUCAUUCCCUGGAACCAGCGGACUUCCUCUCGGCUAGUCUGGGUCACCGUGUCUGCCUGUCGCUGGCCCCAGGCUCGCUCUCUGGCCUCAGCCCUCUCUCACUCUCUCUCUCUCUCAGCAGCUGUCUCUCUCGUGCCCGCUGGCCUGUCUCCUUCCUCGCAGUCGCCUCCUUCUUUGCCUGCCUGGGUGGCCGCCAUGGGCCGGAAGCGGCUCAUCACUGACUCCUACCCUGUAGUGAAGAGGAGGGAGGGCCCCGCUGGGCACAGCAAGGGGGAGCUGGCGCCAGAGCUAGGGGAAGAGCCCCAGCCUCUGAGCGUGGAUGAAGCAGAGCUGGAGCUGCUGAGGCAGUUUGAUCUGGCCUGGCAAUAUGGGCCCUGCACAGCCUGGACUCGGUGUCUUCUUCCCACCCUGGCAGGGAUCACGCGGCUGCAGCGCUGGCAUCGGGCCGAGCAGAUGGGCUUGGAGCCCCCCGCCGAAGUGCGCCAGGUGCUGCAGACCCACCCUGGAGAUCCCCGCUUCCAGUACAGCCUCUGGCAUGUCUAUCCCCUUUGAGGCACCGCCCAAGGCCUCCUGCCUGCGAUCCCAGGACCUCAGGACACAAGCGGGAGCCAGUUUGCUGCCCCCUUGGCUCAGUUCUGCCAUGAGAGUGUUUGGCUGUGAAGAGUGUGAAGAGGAAAGAGGCUGAAUCUGGAGGUCUCUGAGGCUCAGCCUUCCAUCUAACCAGCAGGCUCCUGGAGCCCCCUCUGGGAGCCAGCACAGCUGAAGUUUGCACUUCCUACCUGGAGCGUGGUCUCUGAGGACCAGGACCUGACCAUGACCCUUCAGAUGCCUGCUACACACCUCCCUGACCUAAAUGCUGUGGUCUGGGGAAUAGCGUGGCUGAGGGGCACAGCCUUGGACAAAGGCAGACUCAGGCAGGUGUCUAAGAGGCAAAGACACACUCCCCACUUCAGGCUGGGAAUCUGAGGGCAGAACUGGCAGGGGGUUCAUUAAUGCUUAUCAAUAAAGAACAGAGUCUGGAAGCUUGACCUCCAGUGCCUCAAUGUGGCCCUGUUUGGGCUGGCAGCAAUCAGCAAGUUGAUAGGUGGGAAAGGGCCGGCACCGUGCUUUCUCUCUGUUGUCCCAUCCUAGAUCUGAGAUGGAAGAAAGAUGCCUUAAUAGAUGGUGGGACAAGUCCUCAUUAGAGCUGAGCAACCUCUGGCGCCCCCUGGUGGUGUACAGGGAAACUACUCCUUAGUCACCUUCAAAGAGCCGCCAGAGAAGACCUACCUGACCUGCCAUCCGGCCCGUCCAGUGUAGCCCACCUCACAAAAAUGGGUCCUUUGUCAGAGGGGACUCCAUAGGCCCACGCAUCAUAAAGCCCAGACCUACGCAUUCUUAGCAAGCACCUCUGCUUCCCCACACUGGGGCUGCCUGGAUCCAAAGUAUACUUGGGGAAGUCCAGCCUGCAGGUCCUGCUUGGAGAUGGGCAUCAUCUGAUGGGCUUUGAUGGGGAACUGAGUGGAGCAGAAACAACGCUUAGGGGACCUUGGGAUGGCAUGGAGUCAGUACUCCUCAUACUGUGUUUACCUUCACUCCAUCCUGAGCGGACAGAGACCGCACGACUGUAACUCCUUGGGGACAGGCCUGCAGAGCAGCCAAGUGGCCCCCUCAGCCCCCACUGUACUGGGCGCUGCCCACGCCUCAAGCUCUUUAAAUGAACAAUCUCUAAGGUUCCUAAAGGGCCAUCAGGGUACGUUUUACGGAGAAGGAGCCCGAAGCCCAGAAGGGCUCUGCGGAGUUGCUCAGCAGUGCCAGCAGGUCCGUGGUGGCACAGAGAUGAGAGGCCACGUGCAUCGGGCUCUUCCCAUCCAUACCCAUCCAUACCCGUGCCCCUGCCCAUUUGCUGAGCAUCCUCCGUACGCCGGGCUCUAGAGGUCCUCUUGGGUGUUGUCGGUGGUGAGAGAUGAAGGAAGGCCCACAGGCAAAUAUUAUGCCACGUGGCGGUCGGUGGCAGGCCACCUCAGGGUUAGAGGUCAAAGAAUGCCAGGGGUGCUUGGAGAGGUUGAUCAGGGAAGUUCCCUGACAGGGCGGCAUUUGAGCAGACCUGAGCGAAGUACAGGAAAGAGCCUUGCACCUCUGUGGUACUUGGGACCGAAGGAGCAGCAAGCACAGUCCCCAAGGCAGGAGAGUUCGCAGCCUGGUCCUGGAGCAGCACGGAGGCCGGCGCAGCCAGGGCAGAGGGAGCGAGGGCAGUGCCAGGGGAGUUGGAGGGGAAAUGAGGCCAGAGAGGUGGCAGGCCGGUCCCGCAGGGCCUCUCAGGCCUAGACAAGGAAUCUGGAUUUUAUUCUGAGUGAGAUAGGAAGACAGUGGUGGGUUUUGAGCCAAUAAAUGACACGAUCAAGCUUA